AUGGUGACGAAACAUCCAACAUGUCGGACGGCCAAUCCGACUAUGAGUCGGGAACCUACAAAUACUCUGUCACCUGUCACAGAACAUAGCCUGCAUAAAAUGCUACAAGAGCUUCGCACAACGAUUACAGCAGACUUCCACCCUAUUGAUGGAGACUUAAGGAGAGAAAUUUCCAGCCUUGAUGAUAGAACCAGUCACCUGGAAAAUAGAACUGAAGAAUUAUGCAUUGCCCACAACGAAGUAGUGGACAAAAUAAAAAAAUUAUCAGAAGAAUAUGAGACACUGAAACUAAAAGUAGCUGAUAUGGAGGACAGGUCGAGAAGACAAAAUGUACGAUUCAGGAGCAUACCCGACGACGUCUUCCACGACGCCCUUCCAGCCUACAUACUCUCCAUCUGCAAGGCCUUGGUCCCGGGCCUACCAGACUCAGCAUGGGCAUACAACCGCAUGCAUAGGCUCCCGCGCCCAGCUCGUCUUUCUAGCGAAGUACCGAAAGACGUCAUCGUCAGAUUCCAUUAUUAUGCCCAUAAAAAACUGGCAGCAGCAAGAAAGCUACCCACACUCCCGGACCCUCACCAGUGGGUCGCCCUGUUCACAAAUUUAUCAGCAGCCAUGAUGGCAAAACGCAAGGCAUUUGUCACGAUCACUAUGACACUUUGA